ACGCCAAACGCCGUCAAGCGCGUCUCCGUCCAUCUUCAUGAUCUCCAUUUCUGAUGCUGUGCUUGUCGUCGCGAAAGGGGCUCAUUGGCGCAAAUCCAUCUCUCUGAUCCCUUCUUUCGACGCCAAAGGGCUAACAUUCCUGGGCGCACUUUGCCCAGCGGACCUUGCUUUCACCCUGCAAACACCAUGUCGAAUAAUAGCUCCAGCGGCUUCCAGUUCGGCAAAUCUGCCUUUGGCUCGAAUGCCGGCCAAAGCCCUUUUGGGUCAGGGUCAGAUUCUCCCUUCGGCUCUAAUAAAAAUACUCCCACCAGUGGCUCUGGCCUAUUCGGAAAUGUAGGCGCUCCCGCUAGCAGCGGAGGCUCUUUGUUCGGCUCGGCCUCGUCUCCUAAGCCCUCUAUUUUCGGCGCAGCGCCCUCCACUGCUAACUCGAAACCGACAUUUGGUACGGCUUUUUCUACUGCCAGUUCACAGACACCAUUUGGUGCGCAGUCUCAGACUCCGAAUCCAAAGACGACCGCUGGCGCUUCUACACCAGGUCAGACUAGUGGUCUUUUUGGGAACACUGGAAAUACUGGCGGCAGUAUCUUUGGAAGCACAGCUGCUGCUACUCCUGCUUCGUCAGGAACAGGAUUUAGUCUCGCGUCGACAACUCCUGCUGGGCCUCCGCCGCAGGGAGGCACAUCCGGAAAGAACCUUGGCCUUUUUAAUUUAAACACAACCUCUGCCACCGCGCCAACUACGACCGCCCAAAGUUCGUCAGCUGCAGGCUUGUUCUCCAAUGCAUCAGGAUUUCGUCCACCAGCACCGUCAAGCGGUGGAGGUUUAUUUUCAAAUGCCACCAAGGAUAGUGCGAAGGACACUCCGGCAAGUACUGCGGAAGGAGCUACCAAAUCACUCUUUUCGACGCCUGCUCCCUCAAGUACAGGAACGUCCUCACUCUUCAAGAUGGGCACGAGCGGCGCAGAUUCCACGCCCAAACCUGCUUUCCCUUCCCUGGGCGGCACGACGGCCGUGCAGCAGUCUUCGCCCGCCACUCCUACAACAUCUUCUCCACAAAAGUCUCUCUUCAAUCUCGGUGCAACUACCAUGUCGGCGGGUCAGUCAGCGAUGCCAGCAGCCGCUCCAUCUGGUAGCACUCUGUUCUCCAAUCUUGGCGCACCCAAGCCCACGGCGACAACAACAACAACCGCCGCAACUACAGCCGCUGCGGCUCCCACAACACAGCCUGCAACAACCACAAGCAGCCUCUUCUCAAAGCCCGCAGAGACUGCGCCGUCGACUGUUGCUGGUGCCCAAGGAACCCCCUCUGCAACUACUGCACCAGCUACAUCAACCGCCACCACUACUACAGGUACGACGGCUGGGGCCACCACGGGGAUUGGCGGGGCCGCCCUUGGCGCCUCGACCGCUGGCCCUGCUCCGCCGGCACAAUCACGCUUGAAGAAUAAGACCAUGGACGAGAUUAUUACUAGGUGGGCAACCGAUUUGACCAAGUACCAGAAAGAGUUCCGUGAACAAGCCGAGAAGGUUGCAGAGUGGGACCGGAUGAUUGUCGAAAACGGAACUAAGGUCCAGAAACUCUAUGGUAGCACCGUCGACGCGGAGCGCGCCACACUGGAGGUUGAGCGUCAGCUUGCUUCGGUUGAAGGGCAACAGGAGGAGCUGGGCGCAUGGCUCGAUAGAUAUGAACGGGAGGUUGAUGAGAUGAUGUCCAAGCAAGUGGGACCUGGUGAGGCUCUUCAGGGACCUGAUCAGGAGCGUGAGAGAACCUACAAAUUGGCGGAAAAAAUGUCUGAUCGCUUGGAGGAGAUGGGUAAGGACUUGACCAGCAUGAUUGAGGAAGUGAAUGGCGUUUCGGCAACCCUAAGCAAGACUAAUAAAGCAGAUGAGCCUGUUGCUCAAAUUGUGCGCAUCCUAAAUUCUCACCUUUACCAGCUCCAGAUUAUCGACCAGGGCACGUCUGAGCUGAAAGAAAAGAUAGCCGCAGCGCAGAAGACUAGGCAAGGCCUUGCUUCCAAACUGGGAUAUCGUCAUGGCACUCCCGGUGUCGGCAAUGGUAGCGCAGCUGACGAUUUUUACCGUUCCUACAUGGGAAGACGAUAG